AGACUUGUUAAAUUUGAGUAGGCCUAUUCUGGAAUUGUCAUGUUCAUUACUACAUUAAAAGCAAGAUGUAUUUAGUGUUUUCAUAUUUAAAUUUAGGCCCAUGAUUCUAUGAUUCUAAUUAGCAUUUAUAAUUUAGAUCAAUUUAGGCCUAGCGAUUUUACGACGUAUUAAAUAGUUAAAUUCGUCAUUUAUCAUCAUUGUUGGUUUUAUUAGGAUUAUGUGCUAACGAAAGUAAUAAUAUUUAACACAUGGUAUUGAUAAUGAAUUUUUUUUUUUUAAUUUAUUUAUUAUAGGCUAAUAUUGUGAGUAGUUUAAGAUCCGGUUUUUAGACUUAAAGCUCCUCACAGAGUGAAAUCAAGGAGACAUUUGGCAUACAGAUGAAUUGACCAUGAACUCUGUAGGCCUACUUUCAACAUGGCUACGUCUUUCGAGAAUUCAAACUUAUUGUUCGCAAUCUUCUUUACAUAUAUUGUAAUUAAAGCAACAAUUUCCCUUACACUCGGGCACCCAGCACAAGAUGUUAAAACAAUGAAAUUCAACAUCCACUUUACCCAUGCUGAUGAAAAUGGCAUUGUUUUGUUGUCAGAGGGUGCCAGCGAAAAUUUCAUAUUAGGGCUUAUAGAACUAGAAAGUUCAGCCCACAACUUGGAAAAUACCGAUUGCUUCACAGACAGUGAGCACGUAGUAGCUCGACGAGCAGGGAAGAUGUUGUUUAAGAUCGAGCUCAAUGGACGAGUGGACAGGGAAAACCAAACUGAAUUUGUGGUGAGCAUUUAUUGCAGCUACGGCCACACACACAGGACCAAGGCGGAAACUUUUACUGUUCGUGUUCUCGACGCAAACGACAAUCCUCCCGUUUUUUACCCUUCCGUUUACAGCGUGAACAUAACCGAGGGAGUGGACGUUGGUCACUUGGUCGUUCGAGUGGAAGCACACGAUGUAGACCUUGGUAGAAAUGCUAAGUUUAAGUAUUCCCUCUCGGGAUUUGCGGAAAGUAACGAUAGUUCUUUUGCUUUUAAAAUAGACCCAGAUAACGGGGACAUUGUCACCAAUAUGGACAUUGACCGAGAAGACGUGGCUGUGCAUACAUUGAUGGUGUUGGCCACCGACCAAGGUGUCCCACCAAUGACUGGCACUGCUCGCGUUGUCAUUACAAUAACUGACGUCAACGACAACGCACCGGUGAUCCAAACAAAAGAGUUACACGUGCGAGAAAAUAAACCAGCCCAGUCUGUCGUAGGAACACUACGGGCAGUUGAUGGCGACACGGGGGAAAAUGCGGAAAUUAUUUUCAUCAAAGUGAACAUGAGCGAAAAUGUGCCGACGAAUCCAUUCUUACUGAACGUCAACGGCCAAGUCUUGACUGCAGAUCGGCUUGACAGGGAGAAAAGAUCCCAGUAUUCGUUGGUAGUCGCCGUCAAGGACAAGGGCUCUCCACAGCACAGCAGUACAUCAACAAUAACGAUAACCGUGGAUGACGCUAACGAUAACGCACCAGAGGUCACCAGCCCUUGUCUUUCGUAUAGUGAAGAUUUUAUAAUGGGUGAAAGCGAUUGUUGUCCUGGAGACGUGAACGCCAACGGUUCUGUGGUCAUCGACAUGUACUGCCCUCAAAAUGACACAAUUAUUUAUCAGGUGGUAGCCGUAGACGAGGACAUUGAGGAGAACGCCGCUCUGGUAUACAGUUUAGAGUCUGUUGACAAUGGCCGCCACCGUCCCAGUGACGAGCUUUUGUUCAAAAUAAACGAGAGUACCGGCGUUGUCUCUUUGCGUCGCUGCGCCUAUCGAGGUGAAGAUCUCGUGCAUACGCUCCGUGUGCGCGUGUCUGACUCGGGUCUCCCAAGGAAAUCAGCUGUCUGUUUUCUAAACGUGACACUUGACAUUGAUCCGUUAAAACUUCCUUACUUCAAGAACGCCAUGAACACUGGAGACUCUAGAUUUUCAUUAAUGGAAGUCGUCUUGUUGUUGUUUUUUACAUGUUAUUUCCUUCAUAUUUUGAAUAAUGAUAUACAUAAUGUUCCUAAAUAAUUGGUCAUAAUCCGGAUACGUUAUAGUGUGUUAGGAUCCAUUGGUUAAAACAAGCACACUGUGUUUUUAAAAAUCAACAUUAUGAUUGAUUUGAAAAUAAAUAUUUAAAAAUGUCAAAUUGGCCAUUUUUCAAUAAGCUAUGUGUGUGUAGGUGGAUCAAUGGGAAAACAAAAUGAAAGGGUUUUCAAAACAAGAGGACAUAGGCGUUAAGGAACCCACGGUUUUGCGGCUUUUAAAAUGAUACAACAUAUUUAUUUUUUUUAAACGAGGAUUCAGAAAUUUCUUGUUAACUAUCAACUCAGUUCCACUUCUAUUUAGACGCCGAAAGGCUCAUUGACUCAAAAUGCUAAGCGAGAAAAAAAUAUGUUGUCUUUAUUCCUAAUUGAUUGAAAUUGAAAAACAACGAUAAUCAUUUUUUUUUUAAAGUAAUAAAAUAGAUUUGUUUUUAACCAUGACACGCCAUUUCUAUCAUAGUUCUUUAACUUUAAGCAAUUCAGAUCCUUUCGUGUAGGCAAGUGGUUCUCAACCUUCCUAAUGCCACGACCCUUUAAUAUAGUUCCUCAUGUUGUGGUGACCCUUAAUCUUACAAUUAUUUUUUGCUACCCGGAACUCAUAAAUAUGUGUUUUCCGAUGGUCUUAGGCGACCCUUGUGUGAGGGUCGUUCGAAACUCAAAGGGGUCGCGACCCACAGGUUGAGAACCGCUGUUGUAGGCCCACAUUGCAUGUGUCUUGGGUCAACUAUCUGAUUUUUUUUAUAUAAGUAAGCCCAGUUUUGCGUACGUGGCGGCGGAACUGUCUAGAAAGUUCCUAGUCAAGUCCACAUAUUCCAAUAACUUGCCUCCAACAAACUGGAAAUAAAUUCACAUACAAAUGAGUACAUGAAUGUGAUGGUCCCUGUCAUUUUUCAUAACUUGUAUUGUAAAUUAUAAUACUAAAUUAUAAUACUAAAUGUGAUAUUAUAUUUAUUAAAAUAAACUUAAUAAAUCAAAUAAUGAAGCUCUCUAAAAGUCAUCCUUAACGUCAUGGUCUUCUAACGUCAUGGUCAUCCACAGAUUUCUUAUGAUGAAAUGUUUUAUAUUCACUAACAACAUGAGAUUUCACGCGAUGUCUAUGCAUGCUAAUAUAGACUUACAUUCAGUAUUAAUUGUGUUUAUAGGUUCUGUUCGUUUCUUUUAAAAUUAUAAAGACCUUGAAUACAAUAUGUUAACUUACGUAGUUUUUCAAAGCUGAUUAUUUUGUUUGGGCAUGUUAAAUAAAAAAAAAUAACAGAGAGAUCACAAGACAUGAAAGAGUUCAACAAAGUAUUGUGGUCAGGUAUGAAAUAUCUUGGUGCUAAAGUAGGCCUAUUUUUAGGCUAUUUAAAGAAUAUCUUGAAAUGUCUUAUACAUUAAACUUUUAUAGCUG